GCAAAACUAGGUGUAGUUGACUGAAAAAUAAAUGUCGAAGAUGUUUCGCUUACGAUCCACUUGCAUGUGCUGGGGCGUCGCUUUCUGCGGUGUGUGGACGUCUCUCCUUCCUAUUGCCUCAUCCGCAGUCCAGCCUCUGAUCCACCCAACAGAACGUGUUUUCGACCGUCGUUUUGCUUCGAGCGUAGAUGCUUUGGCCGGAUAUAGGUUGAACGCCUACGAUGCUGAAUUGCCAAGAUGCGAGUCUUUGGCGACACUUCUAGCUGGUAGUAGUGUCGUUAAGGAAGCAGUAGGAGGACGAAGGGUAAUAUUGCUGGUGCGUAGAGAUGGAUCACAACAAGUGAAUGGGUACACGACUGACAACAUCAAGAAGGGCAAUAAUCUUCAUGUGUCUCCUGGUACUAUAAUUUUACGGGUUUCCGAAUUACAUCCCUCACUACCAUCCUUGGCUCCUUUUCAAGGGGAAAAUAGGUCAAGGAUGCUCUGAUGCCGAAUUGCAACCUCUAAUAAUUGGCGAAGUACUAGAUGUGGAAGAGACCACGCCAGACGGAGGGGAGGAAAUCAUUACGACGGUGAACACUACCGAGUUCCUGGACCCAGAUUUUGUACCUGUGGUUGUCACAUCACGGAGUCCUUCGACACGCGAUAUCACUGAUGGUAGUACGUUUCCAGCAGUCAAGGACCAUCUUGUAUACAUUCGACAGUCAUUAGGGAACAACACGACCGACAUCCAGGAGAUGCGAUCCGUGUUUGCUAGUACUGAAAGAUACAAUGCGAUCAUAGUCGAACAUCGACUAGCUUCGUCAGAAGGUGGGAGUUCCGAGUCGGGAGACAAAAAUCUCUUACCGUGGACUCUUGGGAAAGCCGCGACCUAUACAAAUAAGGUGAUCGUGAGGGCGGAACAGCAGGCACAUAAAAAUAGUAGUGCACCUUUGGCAGAAUUUCUUGUCUGGUUGAAGCGGGAAAUGCUGAAAGUAGGUGCUGAAAAUGUUACGGGGUGUGCACAAGAAGCGGCCUCAGCAUCAGGUGGGGGAGAGCAUACACAAAUAAGCAAGUACAUUUACUACUAUUUCGCGGUUUCCCUGAACAAUGCUUGGACGCAUAUCAAGGGACUAGCCUACAAGAUGCUGACACAGCGUGAAACGCAUGCGCGCUAUCAAGACUACAACCAUUUCGGACCGCCGUAUAUCGGCUUGUCGCCUGUUUCUACGCAGUUGCUGCACAUGCAUCGCGACGUGCUCGCUUCCGAUUAUAUUCCCUAUAAAGAAGCAGAGCAGAGGGGUGAGAUUCCAGUAGUUCGUACGGCUGUUGAUGAGGAAACCCUUCAUAUACUAGAAGCACCAGCAACAUCAGCUGAGGAACCUGAACGUCCUCGCAGAACUACAACUACUAAUUAUACCUCCUCGAGGACUUCCCGAGGAGACCAUCAUCAACAGUCAGACGCCUCGCUAUUCGAUCGCGCUGCGAAUGUAGGUGUCAUCUUAGAGGCACAGGGUCACAAUGCCUGGGGUCGAACGCAUGCCUUAUACCAACUAUCACUGCCACAGUGGCGUCAUGUCCAACGUUUACGGGAUCUGGAAUCCAAAUACGGAGAAGGAUGCGGUGUCAAGGAUCACAUCGCCUUUGUACCACAAGAAGGCUCUGUUGAGGCGGGUGAUAGUCCAUUGAAGGUAGUGAUGGUUGCGGAUGAGAAACCUGCUGGUGAUGUAGAUGUCCUUGAUGUGAAACAAGCUGAUGAUGCACCAAACGACUCAACAACAGCAUCUUCUCGAGAAUCAGUGGGUCUUCGUGGUGGCACUCCGGUCGCAAAGGAUGCUUUUCUUUUAGGUUCUGAUAGGAUGAGAGCAAAUCAAGCCUGCAAAUCGCACAAUUAUGCGACUCACUAUGUCCGUCAUUUGUGGCAUCUACUCCAGAGGAAACGAGAAGACGGCCCUUUCGCUGUGAUUGAAAUCGGAGUACUACGUGGUGCAGGACUGGCAAUGUGGGCAGAUUUUUUUGGGGGAAAUGCCAUGGUACAUGGAUUUGAUUUGGAGAGCAGAUUUUUUUGGCAAAACAGAUGGAACUUGGCGGAGAAAGGAGCUUUUUCACUCUUGCCGCAGACACCUCCAGCUUCAGACUCAGAUCGGCUUUCCUGUGUGGUGGAAGAAGCUGGUCAAAUUCACUCGUUUUUACAUGAAGGUGAAGCGGGUACAGCAACCGAGGAUGGCAAUGGCUCAAAGGAGUCUGUAGCGGUCGGUGUGGAUGAGAGUUCUGUUGAACCCAUCAAGACGGCUGCCGACCUUGCUCUUCAACAUGACAUUAAGGCGACCAAGAGAGCAUCCUCAACAUCAUUCUUGGCCUCUUUUUCAAGUAGAAAAAGGGCCCAGGGAUGGGCUCAGGGAUGUGACGCGGUAGCUCUAAUGACAAGGUAGCUUCGGCGAACAACGUCGUCAGGUGUCCUCCAUCUGCUUCACGGGUACCAAUGCCUGCUGAGACAAGAAGAAACUACGAUGAGAAGGCAUCAACUAGUGCAUGGUGGGGUCCACAUUUGUACCUAUUUGACCAAACCCGCAUAUUCCAACAGAUUUUAGACCGUGUCCAAAAUUCGUUUCCCAAGGAUUAUCCUGUAAUGCUCGUGGUAGAUGACGGAAAGCACGAUAGCCAGUCGGCGUGGGUCACGUUUAGGACCUUUGUGGGCUUGUUUCCGCAGGCUUCUACAUCUUCAAGCAACAGCGGGAGUACUGGUGAUGCGGAGGAAAGCACUCCGAGAAGAGUAGGAGAUCCUACCGCGGCUACUUUUCAAAGCAGCCCAAGAGCAGAUGCCACUCGCAGUCAAAGCAUCAAGGAUGCGAACUCCUGGGUCUACGUGGUCGAGGAUUGUAUGUGUAACACGUUUGUCUUUAUGCUACAGGACAAGAGGCCAGACUUGUACAUCUACAAGUACUGGAAUGGUCACAACAGCGAUUUGAUCAUCAUUCAGCCGAAGCCCGUUGACCAAAUUCAUACCCUCUUGGAUGUCGAUACAUCUUCUGAUGCUGUGAUGUCCUCUGACGAGAAUGAACAUCAUCAAUAUCAUGAUACUCCUCCGAAUGGUAUAGCUUCUGAAUUC